AUGGGUCCAGAUAAGUUCCAUGGGGUGAUUACUGAGCCACAGCCAGAUAAGUUCCAUGGGUUGAUUACUGAGCCACAGCCAGAUAAGUUCCAUGGGUUGACAUGGUCUGAUAAACUCCAUGGGUUGAUUACUGAGCCACAUCACAAGUUCCGUGGGUUGAUUACUGAGCCACAGCCAGAUAAGCUCCAUGGGUUGAUUACUGAGCCACAGCCAGAUAAGCUCCAUGGGUUGAUUACUGAGCUACAGCCAGAUGAGCUCCAUGGGUUGAUUACUGAGCCACAGCCAGAUAAGUUCCAUGGGUUGAUUACUGAGCCACAGCCUGAUAAGCUCAAUGGGUUAAUUACUGAAGCACGACCUGUUAAGCUCCAUGGCUUGAUUACUAAAGCAUGGCCUGAUAAGCUCCAUGGGUUGAUAACUGAGCCACAUCACAAGUUCCAUGGGUUGAUUACUGAGCCACAGCCUGAUAAGCUCCAUGGGUUGAUUACUGAGCACGACCUGAUAGGCGUCAUGGGUAGAUAA